AGAGGAGGAAGAUGACUUGAGGUUGGCCUGAAAGAGGGCCGCCCUCCUGCGCGGAAUGCAAUGUUGAUUCUGAGGCAUUGAUGUUUUACAAUGCCUGAUCAAGACACAAAGGUGAAGAGCACAGAGAAAUCAGCUGAUAAGAAGCAGCAAGGGACCACCACCAGGGACUACUCAGAUCUUAAAAGACUUCGGUGCCUUUUGAACGUUCAGUCAAGCAAACAGCAGCUUCCAGCCAUUAACUUUGACAGUGCCCAAAAUAACAUGACGAAGUCUGAGUCCGCCAUCAAGGCAGGGGCACUCAGAGCUCGUGGUCAGUGGCAUGAGUCCACAGAAGCAGUUGAACUUGAAAAUUUUAGUAUAAACUACAAGAAUGAGAGGAAUUUCAGCAAGCACCCACAGCGUCAGUUAUUUCAGGAGAUCUUUACAGCUCUGGUGGGAAACAGACUGAGGUGCAGAGAGUGGGUUAAUCGAGCUCCAUCCAUUCAUUUUCUGAGAGUGUUAAUUUGUCUGAGGCUGCUAAUGAGGGAUCCAUGUUAUCAGGAAAUACUCCAUAAGUUGGGUGGGAUUGAAGACCUGGCUCAGUACAUGGAGAUUGUGGCCAACGAGUACCUGGGUGACGCUGAGGAGCAGCACUGUGUGGACAAGCUGGUCAACAUGACGUAUAUUUUUCAAAAACUCGCUGCUCUGAAAGACCAAAGAGAAUGGGUCACUGCAAGUGGAGCCCACAAGACUUUAGUGAAUUUACUUGGUGCCCGAGACACCAAUGUCCUGUUGGGUACUCUUCUGGCACUCGCCAGCUUGGCAGAGAGUCCAGAGUGUAGAGAGAAGAUCAGUGAACUCAACGUCGUAGAAAACCUACUGAUGAUUCUGCAUGAAUAUGACUUACUCUCCAAAAGACUCACGGCAGAGCUCCUGCGCCGGCUCUGCGCUGAGCCCCAGGUGAAGGAGCAGGUGAAACUCUACGAGGGCAUCCCCAUCCUGCUCAGCCUGCUCCACUCUGACCACCUGAAGCUCCUGUGGAGCGUUGUCUGGAUUCUGGUGCAGGUGUGUGAGGACCCGGAGACCAGUGUGGAGAUCCGUGUCUGGGGUGGGAUCAAGCAGCUCCUUCAUAUUUUACAAGGAGACAGAAAUUUUGUUUCUGAUCGUUCCUCCAUUGGAAGCCUGUCCAGUGCAAAUGCCGCAGGACGAAUCCAGCAGCUUCAUUUGUCAGAAGAUUUAAGCCCUGGGGAAAUCCAGGAAAAUACCAUUUCUCUCCAAGCAGCCUGCUGUGCUGCCCUCACUGAGCUGGCCCUCAAUGACACCAAUGCCCACCAAGUGGUUCAGGAAAAUGGUGUAUAUACAAUAGCAAAAUUAAUUUUACCAAAUAAACAAAAGAAUGCAGCAAAAACUAAUCUACUACAGUGUUAUGCUUUUAGAGCCUUGCGGUUUCUCUUCAGUAUGGAAAGAAACAGGCCGCUCUUUAAAAGACUUUUCCCCACCGACCUGUUUGAGAUCUUCAUUGACAUAGGACAUUAUGUUCGUGAUAUCAGUGCUUACGAGGACUUGGUAUCACAGUUGAAUUUACGAUUGGAAGAUGAACUGAAGCAAAUUGCUGAGAAUAUUGAAAGCAUCAAUCAGAAGAAAGCACCGUUGAAGUACAUAGGCGACUAUGCUGUGUUGGACCAUCUUGGAAGCGGAGCUUUUGGCUGUGUUUAUAAGGUUAGAAAGCGUAGUGGUCAAAAUCUUUUAGCAAUGAAGGAGGUCAAUUUACAUAACCCAGCAUUUGGGAAGGAUAAGAAAGACCGGGAUAGCAGUGUGAAGAACAUUGUUUCUGAAUUGACGAUAAUUAAGGAGCAGCUUUAUCAUCCCAACGUUGUACGUUAUUAUAAAACAUUUUUGGAAAGUGACAGGUUGUAUAUUGUUAUGGAGCUAAUAGAAGGAGCCCCGCUGGCAGAGCACUUUAGUUCUUUGAAGGAAAAACAGCACCGUUUCACUGAAGAAAGACUGUGGAAAAUAUUUAUACAGCUGUGCUUAGCUCUUCGGUAUCUACACAAGGAGAAGAGGAUUGUCCACAGAGAUCUGACCCCAAACAACAUCAUGCUGGGAGAUAAGGACAAAGUGACAGUUACUGACUUUGGCCUGGCAAAGCAAAAACAGGAAAGCAGUAAGCUCACGUCUGUGGUGGGAACGAUCCUCUAUUCUUGCCCAGAGGUCCUGAAGAGUGAGCCGUAUGGAGAGAAGGCUGAUGUCUGGGCUGCAGGCUGCAUCCUCUAUCAAAUGGCGACUCUGAAUCCUCCCUUCUGCAGUACCAAUAUGCUCUCCUUGGCUACUAAAAUAGUGGAGGCGGUGUAUGAGCCCGUGCCAGAAGGCAUCUACUCUGAAAAAGUGACAGAUACCAUUAGCAGGUGCCUCACUCCUGAUGCAGAAGCCCGUCCAGAUAUUGUAGAAGUUAGUGCCAUGAUUUCAGAUGUCAUGAUGAAGUAUUUAGACAACUUAUCCACAUCUCAGCUGGCCUUGGAGAGGAAACUGGAACGGGAGCGCAGGCGCACACAGAGAUAUUUUAUGGAAGCCAACCGGAACGCUGUCACAUGUCACCAGGAGCUGGCUCUGCUGUCCCAGGAAACCUUUGAGAAGGCAAGCUUAAGCAGCAGCAGCAGUGGAGCAGCCAGCCUAAAGAGUGAGCUUUCAGAGAGCUCAGAGCUACCAGGGGACAGCUUCCACAUGCCCUGCGGAAAGGAGGAGGACAGGACCUGUGAGGAGGUGCUCUCCGAGGAUAACUUCCAGCUGGACAGUGUGGAGAAAGACCUGUAUUCUGAGCUAGACGAUGAGCUGGAUGUCCUGGACAACUGCAGCAGCUCCAGUUCAAGCCCUCUAAAGGAGUCUACAUUCAGCAUUUUAAAGAGAAGUUUCAGUGCUUCUGGAAGAGAAAGGCACUCGCAGGCGAGGGACUUCAUUGGUGGAAUAGGAUCAAGACCAAGACCAGCAUCUGCUGGCAUUGCUGUCUCCCAGCGGAAAGUGCGGCAGAUCAGCGACCCCAUUCAGCAGAUUCUACUCCAGCUGCACAAAGUCAUCUUCAUCACACAGCUCCCUCCGGCUCUGCACCAUGAUCUGAAGAGAAGGGUUGUAGAGAGAUUUAAGAAGUCUCUGUUCAGCCGACAGAGUAACCCAUGCAACCUGAAGUCUGAAAUCAAGAAGUUAUCUCAGGGAUCUCCAGAACCAAUCGAGGCAAACAUUUUUACGUCAGAUUACCACUUACUACAUCAUUCCCUGGCUGGAAGUGACACCACAGGUCCAGCUGCCAGCCUUGAAUUGGAAGAGGGGAUCUCGUAUGAGCAGUUACAGACUGUGAUUGAAGAAGUACUAGAGGAAAGCGGGUACUAUAAUUUCACAACUGACAGAUCUUCUAGAUGUCACUCUUAUCCAUGGGGGACCAAGAAUUACCCAACCAAAAGAUGAGUGCACUGCAUUGGAACAGAUGGAGUUUCACGGUCAAGCUCAAGUUCCAGACUUCAGCUGAGACUGCAGGCUGCCCAGGACUGCAGGAUGCUGCUAGAACAGCAUGGGGGGAGAAAAGAGCCACGGGAAUCCAAGAGUGCUCUUAGAGGUGUGUGGCAGCCACAGAGCUGGGUUUCCCUGUGCGUUCAUUGCAGACAUGAUAACGGACUGUCAGUGUGCUUCUGGGUGAAAACACUGCAAAAUGGUUCCCAGGGUGGGGUGGGAAUAGCAUCAGCAUGGAACUCUUCUCAAGGUUAAACAUAGAGACAACUUAUAUUUUUUCAAAGAAAUAUUUUAUACUCAGGAUUGCUGAAAGUAUGCUUAAAAGUAUCUAGCCUUCCAUAUACACAAAAUAGUUUUAGAUGAAAUAAUUGCAGAACCCUGUUAAAAUAGUAGAUAUUCCAUCAGGUUCUCUGUUUUUUUUUUUAAUCCUAAAAGAAAUUCCGCAGUUUGUAAAUGAAAUGAUUGGUUCUCUCUGAUCCACUUGGGUGCUUGAGGUUCUGAAACAUGACACAGUGUAGACAGUAUUUGUAACGGUGCACACACCUGGGAGCAGCUGCCGGAUACUCUGAUCGCAGCUAGACUAGUAGAAUCUAUUGCUGUACAAUGUGUCUAUGUGCAUAUAUCCAGGGAAGGCGGGAGACUUGCUUAGGCUGCUAUUGGCUACUUAUCAAGUUUGUGAUGUUUCCACACUUUGAAGAAGUCUUAGACCAUAACGAGGUGAUAGUCCUUACUCUGGAUCUUACCGAAUUACCUUCGUGUAAAAUAAGUGUUUAUAUUUUGCGAAUUGCCCCAAAAGUUAUAAACUAAAAUAUGAAUUUGUUCUUUACCCACUGAGACGGCUCAAAGAAAAAGAAGUCAGAAUGCCAAAUAGCAUCCCACCUUUAUGCAAAGAGGAUUUGCUAGGCCACUGGGCUCAAAUUCCUCUUCUUCAACUGGCUUCUGAUAACUUUUAUAGUGCCAACUCAAGCUGUAGAUGUCCCCACUUCAGGAACAAUUCAUUGCAUGUAAUUAGCAAGCUGGAAGCUGAAAUGAAACUUUUAGCUUCCCAUUUAUUUUUGAUACCUUUAAUUACAUUGAUUUUUUUUUAGCAUGAUUGAGUAUAUUGGCAGUCAUUAAAACACAAUAUAGCCUUCUUGAAUAGUAUGCAAAUUACUCAUUGUGAA